AUGUCUGCUCCCUCGAAACAAAAAGAAAAGGCUCCCGAAGUCAUUGACGCGACUGGAGAUGUUGAGUCUGAUGACGAUCAAUCUGGCUCCGAUGCCGAAGUCGAAGGAGACACCAACGUUGAUGCAUUGCAAGCACCUUCUACGUCGGCAUCCCAGAAAAAGAAGAAGAAAAAGAAAUCCAAGGCUAAGAAAGUACUUGAUGCUUUACGGGGGAAAGACGAAAUUCCCAAAGAAGUCGUUGAACAAGUACUGGAUAAAGUUAAGGCCGAAGGGGGUGUAGGAGUAGCUGAUGCUAAUAUCGACAAUGUUCGACAAGCUUUACAACAGAUGAAGAUUAUGGAUGUGGCCCAAGGAAAGGCUGGAAUAGGAGGGUUUAAUAAGAAGGAUAUGGGAGAACAUAAGUUCUGGUCUACUCAGCCUGUACCACAGCUUGGGGAAGGUCCUCCUACAGAGGAUGGUUUUAUUGAACCCUCAAAGCCGCGCGAAGAAGUUCGUCAAGAGCCAUACCCGCUCCCUAAAGAUUUUGAAUGGUCUACGCUUGAUAUCAAAGACCCUGCUCAGAAUAAAGAAGUCUACGAUUUGCUGUCGCUCAAUUACAUAGAAGAUGACCAGGCUGCUUUUAGAUUCCAAUACACUGCUGAAUUUUUGACAUGGGCCCUGACUCCUCCGGGAUAUCAUAAAGAAUGGCAUGUUGGAGUGCGCGUUUCCUCCAACAAGAAACUGGUCGCAUUCAUCUCUGGUGUACCCCUUACAUUGCGUGUCCGCAAACAUGUGAUUUUGCUUAGCGAGAUCAACUACCUCUGCGUACACAAGAAACUGCGUUCGAAACGAUUAGCUCCUGUGCUUAUUAAAGAAGUGACGCGUCAAUGUCAUCUCCAAGGCGUUUUCCAGGCCAUUUAUACUGCAGGGAUUGUCAUUCCCACUCCAGUCUCUGUUUGUCGUUAUCACCAUCGACUAUUGAACAUCCCCAAACUCGUGGACACGCAUUUCUGCUACGUGCCCCGCCAUAUGACCCUCGCACGUAUGGUUCGCGUCAACAAACUUGCUACUUCUACUGUUCUACCAGGACUGAGAGAAAUGAGGGAGGAAGACGUUACGGCUGUUGCUGAACUGUAUUCCAAAUACAUGCAACGAUUCGAUAUGGCCCCAGUAUUUGAUAUUGAUGAAGUCAGGCACCAAUUUCUAAGCGGAAUGGGUCGUGGAGAAAUCGGGAGUGCUGGACCUGGUCGCAGGCAAGGUCAGGUAACAUGGGCAUAUGUUGUAGAGGAUCCCAACACGAAGAAAAUUACCGAUUUUUUCUCUUUUUACUCUCUGCCGUCAACAGUCAUUGGGAAUAUUAACAAUCCUAUUCUUGAUGCUGCAUAUCUAUUCUAUUAUGCUUCGGAGACAGGUCUUCAAGGAGAAGGACCAGCGCAGGAUGAGAAUCUCAAGCAGCGUCUGUUGUUGCUGAUCGGGGAUGCUCUCAUUGUCGCAAAUGAAGCCAAAUUCGACGUCUUUAAUGCGUUGACUUUAAUGGACAACAUACCGAUACUUCAAGAUCUUAAAUUCGGACUCGGUGACGGGUUUUUGAAUUUCUACUUGUACAAUUGGCGGACAUCACCCCUGGCUGGUAUGAACAGUGAAGGAGAUGUUGCUGCCGGAAGAGGCAUCGGUGUCGUAAUGCUUUAA